AUGGCGGAAGAAGGUACCGUUUCCAAGUCUCCCUCAAGAUCUCCGACAAGAUCCGACACCGCUGGUCUACCAGCUGUCGGAGAUGAACAAGCUACCAACAAUCAGCCAACGUCUGGCCCCAGCAUCGAGGCUGCUUCGCUGGCGGACGAUGCAGGCUAUUCUACUGACAAUAGCUCCACUCAGUCGACCUCAUUGUCAUCCAGCGUCCGCGAUUACAACUUCGAGAACAAACGACGGUACCACAAGUUCAAAGAAGGCCGCUACCUGUUCCCCAACGACGAUCUGGAGCAGGAGCGGGAGGACAUGAAGCAUGCCAUGAUUCUCCACCUAUGCGUUGGGAAACUUCAUGAUGCGCCGCUGAAGAAUCCCCAGAAGAUCCUCGACAUCGGGACUGGAACCGGUAUUUGGGCUAUUGAUAUGGGCGAUGAAUAUCCGGAGGCAGAGGUGACUGGUAUUGAUCCCAGCCCCAUACAGCCCGGUUACGUCCCGCCGAACGUCAAUUUCAUCGUUGAUGACGCCGAGGCUGAAUGGCUCUACCCCGAAAAUUCGAUCGACUACAUUCAUCUUCGACACAUGGCACCAGCUAUUAAGAAUUGGCCCAAGCUAUUGAAAGAGGCCCAUAGGGUUCUUAAGCCAGGAGGCUGGAUUGAGCUUCAGGACAUGAAGUGGACAUUCGACUGCGAUGACGGGAGCAUGCCUUCUGAUUGCACGCUGCCUAAGUUUACUAGCUUCGUCAAACAGGGUCUAGAGAAAUUCGGAGUUGAACUCUUCGCAGCUGAUCAUCAUAUUGAACGAUUGGAGGCCGCAGGAUUUGUGAACCAGGUCAAGGACACGAAAAAGCUUCCUGUUGGUCCGUGGGCGAAGGAAAAAGAGCUGAAGACCAUCGGAAACUACAGUCAGGCGGCUGUGUAUGAUGGCCUACACGCAAAUACCAUUGCACCUCUUACAAGAGGUCUUGGCUGGUCUUCCACCGAGGUCGAGAUCUUCUUAGUACAGCUGCGCAAGGACCUCAUGAACCCGUCCAUCCACUCCUACGCACACUACUAUUCGAUGUCAGGCCAAAAGCCAUUGGAAAUCAAGUAG